UAAUGCGAAGGACGAGAUGAUGGAUCACUGUAUCGUGACAGUGUUGUUGCUGCUGAUGGCAGGGCGGAUACUGUGCAAUGAAAAGUUUGCCGUAGUGUGUCGGAUUGGCGAUGUGUCAGCGGUGAAGGACUGUGAUCAAUUGCACCAGUGUCUCUAUGAAGUGCACCCAGUGGAAAUGGCACAGUUCAUCGGUGGACCGCAUAGUAUGAGUUGCCGUAAUAAGCUGUUCUCUCUGUACGGAGGACCGAGCUCAUGCGGGUAUUUUGGAAAUCUGAUCAACUGCCACAAAGGACGGAAAACUCUGGUGGAAACCGUACAGAAGCAAUUGCAGAAGAGUGGAUUCCGGGGAGUGGACUUUCAGUGCGAUCCAGGGCUUCCACAGAUCAAUCAGCAAGACUAUGCAGAUUUUCUGACCUUGCUGAGGAAAGAAAUUGGCAGUGGUUAUGUGAUUUCGGUGGUUCUACAGAGCGUCAAUAUCGAACCGUCCGUGGUAACCGUACUGUGUGACGUUGUCGAUUUGAUUACCAUUCCGUUGAAUGGAUGUGUAUCGCAAAUUGCCUUGGCCCAGAACCUGAUUGGACAAGGUGUGAGCCGUCUGAAAAUUCUGCUUGAUGUUACCCUACCCGAAAUAGUGAGUUGCCCAUUGGACAGCGGUGUGAACAAUUUGUUCUGGGUGGUACAAAAUACGGUUAAUGUUAUCGACAAUCAACAACUGCUUGGGGCUACAAUCCAACUAGACCGCGAUGACACGGCAGGUGUAUGUGCGAAAGGUCGUUAUCCAUUGUUUACGCUGCUAAAUUCGUUGCUGAAAAGGUGUGAAGUGACAACUUAUGCGCCUCCGGUUUUUAGUACACCUGCGCCGUGUAAUUUUAAGGGUUACAUUCGAGACACCAGAGACUGCUCCAGCUUUCAUUCGUGCAAUAAUGGAAUAACAAACAAGUUUCAAUGUCCUCCAGGGCUAGCCUUUGACCUAUGUAGCAGCACUUGCCAACCGGUGGUUCAGGUCAACUGCGAUUCGAACUCGUGCACCUUGACUGGAGCCGUUAAUGGCGGUUGCCAACAAAUACCCAUCCCGAUUCCGUACCCCAUUCUCAAUCCGGGAAGCUGUCAGGGCAACUAUACUGGAUGCAAUUCGACGUGCGGAGGUUCUAAUUCCGGUGGUUCAGAUGAGUGUUUGAAUAUCACAAGCAUUUUCUACCUGAACAAUCAAACUUCCGCCUUGUUGGACCUUUUGGACAAUACACAACUGGAAGGAACUCUUCAAAUAGUUAAUAGCCUCACGGGAGACCUACAGAAAGCCUUGGGAGGAAUUGUGGGUCAAGUGAACAAUCUUCUGAGCAGCUUAUUGCUUCACGACGAUGCAAUAGGUGGUACCUUGGGACAGAUGGACCAAAUGCAAAAGCAGAUGGGACUGCUGGAGAAGCUCUUGAAGGCAGUGUUAGAUCUGUUGAAUAAUCUGCUUGGAUUGAACCUUUUGGGUGGAGGAGGAGGAGGAGGCGGUGGUCUUCCAGGUGCAGGGGCUGUCGGUGCCUUAGGAGGACUAGCCGGCAAGGCCGCACCAGUUGACACAAGUGUUGCGUCAGGAGCUACCGGUGCAUUGUCAGCUCGCGUAAUGCUAGCUCAAGAUUAUGAUGUGGCAUGUCGUAUCGAGGAUCCUACAAAAGAACCACGAUGUAAAGUGUUGAAAAAGUGCACAUAUCGCGUGUACCCGGUGGAAUCUAUACAAACUAAAGGAGGGCGGUCCACGAGUAACUGCGCAGGUUUCACCGAUUUGUUUUCGAUGUACAGCGGUUCGUCGGCAUGUGGCUACUUCUCGAACAUGAUUGGGACAACAAAUGGUUGUUCUUCCUUCACAAAUAUUGUCAAACGUCAGCUUGAAAAAAGUGAUUUCCGUGGUGUGGAUUUGCAGUGUGAUCCAACAAUGAAUGGAGUCAAUGAGACAACCUAUAGCUGCUGUCUCCAUCAACUGCGCGAGACUGUUGGUAGAGGAUACAUAAUUGGCGUCAGGAUUGAGAAUCCCAACUUGGGAACUGUGCUGGUCAGCACUCUGAAUGCCGCAGUAGACGUAGUGAAUUGUCCAUUGACUUCUGUUGUACAGAGCCUCAUAGCGCAAGGUUUGAGCUCCCGUAAAAUAGUAAUUGACGUGACGCUUCCAUCUGUGAUAAAUUGUCCAACAGAGGUGCUCCAACUGCAAAACAUAUCUAGUACGGUCCGUUGCCUAAAUCUUUUUGGAGCUAUUCUUCAGCUAGAUCGUGAUGAUUCAAGCAAUGUCUGUGGAGAGGGAUCGUACCCAUUGUUGAAUAGGCUAUCUGUUCUGCUGGAAGAGAAAGAACCAUGUGACUUUGAAGGCUUCAUUCCGAAUCCACGUGAUCGAUCUCAAUUCUUCAGCUGUUCCAACGGAGACCAUAUUCUUCAUCAGUGUCCGCCCGGGCAACUAUUCGAUCGGAUGAAUGGCACAUGCAUCCCGUUCCUUCGAGUUUUGUGCAACCAAACUGCGUGCACCUUCACCGGCCCUGUUCAGAUUACCAACGAUACCAAAUUCCUCCCGGUACCUAUACCAUAUCCGACGGAUACCCUGCCUACACGAAAACCACGGUGCAAUUACAACAAUUAUCUGGAGGUGCUGAAGAAACUGUUGAAUUUAACUGCAUCAAAUGAGACCAUUAGGGAUGCCAUUCAGAAUUUGAAGCAAUUGAAUGACUCCAUGGGCAAUAUAGUGAUCGUAUUGAAUAACACGAAUGGAUCCUAUGGGAGUGAGGCUAUGACCAAAAAUCAAAAUAACAUGGAUAAGUUUGGCGAGAAACUUGGGCUUCUUGAAGCGUUGCUAAAAACAGUUAAUGACUUAAUUAAGAAAGUAACCGGGCUCGAUCUCGGUCUGUUUAGUAGUCCAGCGGGAGCUGCAGGGUUGCCUGGUUUACCUGUGGGGAGGUAG